AUGCCUGUUCCCACUCACCUCAAACUUCUUCCUCUGAGGCAGAAUUCGAACAAUCAGACUCAACAUCACCAUGGCCCACCGUUCGCUGAUUCAGGCUCAAAUCCUACUUCAACGAUGAAGUCGACUCACCAAACUCAGCGUCAUCCUCACUUUGAACAGCAAAUACAUCAGCAAUAUCCUCAUCAACGAGACUCUCACCCUCGUUCACCUACUCAUCACGAACACCCACACGAGACGGAACCGAUGCUUCCGAGUGAAUCUUCGCAUUCUCAUCACUCUCAUCAGGGUCAUGACAGACACCCAUCGCAUCCUGCUCAUCCUACUCACCAUGAUCAUGAUCAUAAUCAUGUCAACUCACACCAUCCCAUUGCUCAUCACGAGGCCACGCCAACGCAGUCUCUUCCCGUCCCACCGCCCAAGUCACCCAAGUCUCCCAAAUCACCCACACCGCUCUCGAAACGACUGCUGUUCGCUUUCACCAACAAGCCCACGAUUAGUAAGACAUGGGAGAAGAGAUCGUAUGCCGAUCAACGGAGAAGUGCACCUUUAAACGGUUCAAUGGAUCAAGGCAGAGAAGAAAUGGGUAUGGGUAUGAGUUUACAAGAAUACUCUACACCUCGAUCUCGUCCCAUGUCAUUCUACGCCUCACCAGCUGAGAUAGCAGCUUUCAAACCCCUUCCCAUGGUCGAUCCUCAUUAUCCCACUGGAGAUACACACGCUCACGCCCAUUCCGCACCUAACCUCCCAGUACCGCCCACUAGAGUUUGA